CCCCACUGCCUUUCGUGGAGCCCAGGAGAGCCGGCCAUGGCAUUGUCCCUGCCGCUGAAUGGGCUGAAGGAGGAGGACAGAGAGCCCCUCAUCGAGCUCUUCGUUAAGGCUGGCAGUGAUGGUGAAAGCAUAGGAAACUGCCCCUUUUCCCAGAGGCUCUUCAUGAUUCUUUGGCUCAAAGGAGUUGUAUUUAGCGUCACAACUGUUGACCUGAAAAGGAAGCCUGCAGACCUGCAGAACUUGGCUCCUGGGACACACCCACCAUUUAUAACUUUCAACAGUGAAGUCAAAACGGAUGUAAAUAAAAUUGAAGAAUUUCUUGAAGAAGUCUUAUGUCCUCCCAAGUACUUAAAGCUUUCACCAAAACACUCAGAAUCAAAUACUGCUGGAAUGGACAUCUUUGCCAAAUUCUCUGCUUAUAUUAAGAAUUCAAGGCCAGAGGCUAAUGAAAUGCUGGAGAGGGGACUCUUGAAAACACUGCAUAAACUGGACCAGUAUCUGAAUUCUCCUCUCCCUGAUGAAAUUGAGGAGAACAACAUGGAGAACAUUAAGUUUUCUACACGUAAAUUCCUGGAUGGCAAUGAAAUGACACUAGCUGAUUGCAACCUGCUGCCCAAACUGCACAUUGUCAAGGUGGUGGCCAAAAAAUAUCGCAACUUUGAUAUUCCAGAAGGAAUGACUGGCAUCUGGAGAUACCUAACUAAUGUCUAUGGUAGGGAUGAGUUUACCAAUACCUGUCCCAGUGAUAAGGAGGUUGAAAUAGCAUACAGUGAUGUUGCCAAAAGACUUACCAAAUAAAAUAGCACUUACGAGAGA